ACCCUUCCAUCCAUCUACUCAUCCACCAUCCAUUCAUCCACCAUCCAUUCACACCCAUCCACCCUUCCAUCCAUCUACUCAUCCACCAUCUCAUCCACCCACCCAUCCACCCUUCCAUCCAUCUACUCAUCCACCAUCUACGCA